AUGGAUAAAGAACUGGCUGUAUGGCUGCACGCAAAAAGUUGUGAUCAACAGCUCUUUUUCCACGUGGAGACCAGUGAUGCAGGGGCUGUUAACUUUGUUUUGCUGCUCCAGAAUAAACUGUUUAUUCUGCUAUUUAUCACCUGUGUUCUGCUGAGCUUGGCUGGACUUAUAUUAGGAUGUCAAGACAUUGAGUUUGUGUCCAGAGUACCCAGAUGCAACUUGAUGGAUAAGGAAAGCAAGACUUGUUUCUGCUGUGAAGAAAUUAAUCUCACUAAAUGCACAGAAGUAGAGACUGUACUGAAGCUAUACUAUGUGAAGUCAUGCAGUACUGCUCACUUUCUUCUCAAGAAAGUUCUCAUAGGUCUUUGUGCCCUGAAUGCUCUCACCACUACAGUUUGUUUGACAGCAGUUGCCCUGCAUUACUGGCAGAUAUUUGAAUUAAGAAGAUCCUGCCUAGGUGAACUUCAGAUUGAAGACCAAGAUGACAUUUUGGAUCCUGAUGGAUCCCCCCGGGGGGAUGAGGGGAGCAACACUGGGGAAGAAAUUCCAACAUCUCUUUCCAAACCUAUGACAAGAAGUUGGGGGGGGGAGAAACCCGCUGCAACCAGGGGGCCGAGGGCAAAUUGUCCUCAGCAGCUCAGCAGCUGCUCGCAGACCCGUGAGCGACCAGCAAUGGGUCCCCCUUCUCACAGACACAGUCACAGGACACUUGGGCUUUCAUUGCCCCAUGCUUAUGCAAUGCGAAUCAAUGAUGCUGAAGUGUUCUUCUGUCUGGAACCACCUCCUCCUUAUGAAGAUGUGCAGAGCUCUAACACGUCUGAGCAGGGAGGUGCACUACAAAUAAAUGUCAUGAACUGUGUUGAUUAGGCAGAAGUGAGUGAAGGGCAGGACUCUCAAGCUGAAGAAAUCUGCGAGGCUUCCAGCAGAGCAAGCCUUUCUCCUUCAAAUGCAAGCUGCAAGCCUGCAGAAGUGAACAGGAGAGCCCUCAGUUCCUUGUAGAAACAAUCUAAAAGUGACUCUGUGCUUCUGCACUGCCACUCGCCUCAAGGGACAGUGCUUAAGUGCGAAACUGCAACACACAGCAAUGUAAAACAACUCCAUGCUGUCAUCUAGCAGAAGAGUUCAAGAGCAAGAGCUUUGAGGGGAAGACCCCAAUAUCUGAUAGACUAUAAGUCUUACACAGACAUUAAAUAGGUUGUAGCAUGGAUCGUAGAGCAGUCCUCCUGCAGCAUGAGCCCUGACAUACAGGAGUUGGUGGAAAAUACCAAAUGUGUUUUAAAAUCAGAUGCGAAACAUAUGUCAGAAGCUAUCACCAAUGCCACUUUACUUGAGCAGGUGAUGGCACCUGCCCAGGAGGCCAUGUCAUUGAGAGUCCAUGUGUUACCUUUCAGCUGGUGUCCUGGGAGCUGUGAGGACCUGACUAUUUUCACCACAGAUGAAGAUCAGCUAGCAGAGAGGAGGAUCUAAGGAGCAGAACAUGAAUGGCCUCAGAGUCUUAUUAGUGUUGUCUGGGAAACUGUACUUAAAGUACUGUUUAAAACUGGUUUUUGGUUAUUCCUGAGCAGAGCACUUCUGUCAGACAUAUAUGUACUGCACAGGAAACUCAUGUCUGACAAGGGGUGGAAAAGUGUGUCAAUAAUCUUACCUUACUUUUUAAAUACUCUGAUCCACAGACAAAGCGUAUUAAGCAGAUUGCAAGCUGACCUUUACUAGACUCUCAGUUGCAUAGUGUGAUAUGUUGCUGUCCUGUUGCAUCUCUUUGAAGUUCGGUAACAUGCAGUUUUGGGGUAUACAUCAUUCUUGUGGAAGGAGCUGUCAAACACAGUAUCAAAGAACUUUGCUUAUUAUCAGUACUUCUGUUUGUAUUAAAAACUCCAGUCACAAAAGGAGACUUCAAGAUACUAAGUAAGUUAGUAAAAAAAGUUGUGUUCAGAAUUUUAAAAUUAUUCUUUAUAAAAGAUGGUGUUGGUUUGCAAACUGAAAAUAUAAAGAAGUGCUCUUUUGGCUCAGUGAACUUCUCACUUAAUUGCAGAAUAUUAUUCUUGUCUUACUGACACAACAAAAACCAAACCCAAACCCCUAAAGCACAGGUGUUUUUCAACACAAGGUGCUGGGUUGUUACCAUCCCAGUAAGAAAGGCGCUCUCUGUAUAGUCUCAUUUAAGAUGCUGUUUAUUAGAGAAGAUGGUAGAAGAAAGAAUGUAGUAUAGAUAAUUUUAUAUCCCUUCAGCUGCUGGGAAUCCCAAAUUGUGUAGCAUCAAACAGGGAGCAACAAGUUGUAAAGAUCCCAUCCAUUUUACCCCAUUUUAAUCAUUUGAGGUAUUUCAAGGUUUUUCUAGAAGAAAACAAUUCCAUUCAUAAUUUCUACUGUCAAACUGAAGGACGUUCAUAUAAAUGUUAAA